AUGUGCGACUUUGGGUGGAUGUCGAACAGGAUGGCUAAAGUUACCGAGGCAUAUGACCUUCCUGCCAGGAAAAUUAUCCACACUGUUGGACCAAAGUAUGCGAUUAAGUACCAUAAUGCUGCAGAAAAUGCUUUAAGUCAUUGCUAUCGUUCUUGCCUGGAGCUUCUUGUUGAAAAUGGACUUCAAAGCAUUGCUAUGGGUUGUAUUUAUACGGAGGCAAAGAACUAUCCCCGAGAACCAGCUGCACAUGUAGUUAUAAGAACUGUGCGACGAUUUCUUGAGAAGCAAUGUUAA